AUGCAUCUCAAGGCCUCCACCCUCUUGACCCUCGGUCUCGCUGCGUCCGGCGCCGUUGCCGCCCCUCAGCGCCGCGCUUGCACUCCCAAGAGCCCCUUCGUCACCGUCAAGGAUGGCAAGUUCCAGCUCAAGGGCAAGGACUUUUACUUUGCCGGAAGCAAUGCCUACUACUUCCCCUUCACCGGCGUAAAACGCCACCUACGACCCCACCGGUCUCCCCAGUACGGCGGCGAGGGCGCCGCCACCGAGGUCGUCUUCCAGAGGUGGGACAACGGCAAGCCCACCAUCUCCAUCGAGGGCUUCGACAAGGUCGUCGACGCCGCCGAGAAGACCGGCAUCAAGCUCAUCGUCGCCCUCACUAACAACUGGGCCGACUACGGCGGCAUGGACAUGUACACCGUCAACCUUGGCGGCAAGUACCACGACGACUUCUACCGUCUCCCAUCAUCAAGGAGCACUUCAAGGCCUACGUCAAGGAGUUCGUCACCCGCUACAAGGACUCCCCGCCAUCAUGGCCUGGGAGCUCGCCAACGAGCCCCGCUGCGGCGCCGACGGCACCCGCAACCUCCCCGCAGCGACGACUGCACCGUCGAGCUCAUGACCGAGUGGAUCGACGAGAUGAGCAGCUUCAUCAAGACCCUCGACACCAACCACCUCGUCACCUGGGGCGGCGAGGGCGGCUUCAACAUCGAGUCCGACGACUGGGCCUACAACGGCGCCGACGGCGGCGACUUCGACCACGAGCUCAGCCUGCCCAACAUCGACUUUGGCGUCUUCCACUCCUACCCCGACUGGUGGAGCAAGACCGUCGAGUGGACCAACCAGUGGAUCCGCGACCACGCCGCCUCCGGCAGGAAGGCCGGCAAGCCCGUCGUCCACGAGGAGUACGGCUGGAUGACCGACCAGGCCCGCCUCGACACCCUCGGCCAGACCCGCAACGAGACCAGGCUCGAGGCCAUUGGCGGCUGGCAGCAAAUCUCCUUUGAGGAGAAGCUCUCCGACAUGUACUGGCAGUACGGAUACUCCGAGUACUCCUUUGGCCGCAACCACAACGACGGCUUCACCAUCUACCUCGAUGACGACGAGGCCCAGACCCUCGUUUACGAGAACGCUGCCCGCAUCAACUCCCUCAACGGCGCUUAA